CUGAAACUGCAACUAAAACUAGACAGUUUCAGUUUAAAUAAGUCAGACCAUAUAGUAAACAUAAAAUGAAAGCACACAUUUUACAAUAGAUAAAAUUCAUUUCUCAGAAAUCCAUCUUAAAUGCAUUUGUUGCUUUAAUUCAGUGGAUUUCUACGCGUCUCUUGUUUUUAAUAAAAUAAUGCUGCCGACAGAAAUCUAGUCUGUGAGGCAAAAAUGGCGCAUUACACGGACUACUGGUACAGCAACAGCGAUGAUUCAGAUAGUAGUCUUGAACCAGAUGACAUGGCUCAAAUGGAACUUCGAUCAUCUGGUUGUCAUCAAAUUAUUGACCCGGACUUUUAUUACCACUAUACGACACAUCACGGAAAAAUCCACAUCAAAUACUCAAAGCAACUUCUGCCUUCAACUCCGAACCAGUUUGCCGGAAAUCUUGGCAACGGGGUCUACGUCAGCGACUGCCACCCUUCGACAAAAACAAGUACUCUCCGAUACCAGUUGUUCAAAAAAGGAAAAAAAUCUGACUUCAAAAUGGUUUGCUAUGUCAAACUGCGCAAAUCGGACGUCAAGAGAUUGUACCCGGAUGUAAAGCAAUACGCAGAUGGACGCCGGUCGUUUAGAAUUAAUACUCAUCAACAGCCGAUGUCGCUUAAUGGGAUCGAACACAGUUUUGGCGAUCGUUGAUCGAUCACCUAGUGGCUAGAAGUAUGACAAAAAAUGAAAUAACUUAGAAAAAAAGCUAUAUUAAAGUUUUUGUUCUAUUCAAAUAAC